AUGGCUCGUUCAUCUAAUAGUUUCAUUCAACAACAAAAUUAUGAUUAUUUUCUUGUACUUGAUUUUGAAGCAACAUGUGAUGAAGAAAGAAGAAUUCAUCCAAUUGAAAUUAUCGAAUUUCCUGUUUUAAAAAUAAAUGCACGUACAUUUCAAUGUGAAUCGACAUUUCAUACAUACGUAACACCAACGAGCAAUCCACAAUUAACUAAAUUUUGUACAAAUUUAACUGGCAUAACUCAAGAUAUGGUAACAGAUCAACCGAAACUUGAUGAGGUUCUAAAAAACUUUCACGCAUGGCUUACAAAUGAAAAACUUCUUGACUCGAAUGUUAAAUUUAUUUUUGUUACUUGUGGUGAUUGGGAUCUAUACACAAUGUUACCUAGUCAAUGUAGUUACUUUCAUUUGCCACGUGCUGAAUAUUUCGAUCGGUGGAUUAAUAUUAAAAAAUCAUUUAAUAAAGCUGUAGGGAAAUAUUCACGUGACGGUAUGAUGGGCAUGUUAAACGAUCUUAAUAUUCAACAUGCUGGAAGACAUCAUAGUGGUAUUGAUGAUUGUAAAAAUAUUGCGGAAAUAUUAAAAGUAUUAGCCGAACGUGGAUAUGUUUUUCAUGAAAAUAGAAAAUACUAA